GACAGCAGCCGUCAAUCGGAUAACUCGUUCGAUUCUUAUCUCUAUGCAAAAUAUAAAGAGUAGGUAAAGGGGGGCAAAAUAUCUCAAAUUUAAGAUCCAAGUAAAGGUAUCCAUUCAAAUAAAUAAUUAUGGCUCAUAUACAAUUUGUUGACGAAUUAGUGCGUGAAUAUUUACUGUUCAGAGGGUUCACAGCUGCGGUCAAAGCUUUCGACAGUGAUUUAAAAGCAGAUAAAGACAAAGGUUUUAGAGUGGAUAAAAUAAUUGAUCAAAUAUCACAUUAUAUUAAUGUAUCAGACCUUGCUGGCUUCAAAGAGUACUGGUCUCAUCUCGAUGCAUUAGUAUUCUCUAAAUUAGAGAUUCAUGUACAACCAGCUGUCCGAAAAUUGGAGUAUAGCCUAUACAAGUUGUACUUAGUGACUGCCACUCAGAGUGGGGGUGGGGUGCGCAAUGAGAAGGUUGCAGAGUUCUUCUCCAAGAUGCUGCCGGAACUACAAGGGCAGAGUGAAUGGAGGGAGUGGUUCAUGUUGCCAUACAUCCAAAAGCCGGAAGAGAAUGUAUCCUUCAGCCUGUACUUCACACGAGUGUGGCAGGACAGUGUGUGGGUCUCCCUACAUAACCUGCUUGCGACCGUGUUCCAGUGCAUGCCACAGCCCACACUCACCAGCUAUGAGAGUGACGCUGCUAUGGUUAAGAGGCUGCAAGAUGAAGUUACCGCUUUCAGGGGCAAGACACAACAAUCAACUGAGAAAACGUCACCCAUCGGCCACCAGUCUCGCCUCUCCCAAUACUCAGAAAGACUAAGCGGGCCUAUGGCCCUCGUCGACGACUUCUGUGCGGUGCCAUCCGAGCAACUGGACAGCGGAGUCCGAGAGGCGAAGGGGCUCCGCGGCCUCUUGCGACAGAUGGGCGGCAGUCCUGUCAUGGGACGAAAGUCUGGAAGAUCUCAAAGUCAAAACUGAUUUUAAUAUGUGAUAAUAUAAAUGGUAUCUUUUUAUAUAUGGGCAUUAUUUUGUCUACAUGCUCAGUCUAACAAUUUUAUUAUGGGAGCAACCCCGAAAUCAGAAAGUAAUAAAAAGUCCAUCCAUACAUCCAUCAUACAUAUUUGAUUUUAUAUGUUACAGCUGAUACUUUUUUCGCAAAUCCCACGCGAAAAAAUGGUUCAGUGUCAUGGACUGAGCAUGUAGACCAACUAAUGCAAAUGUAUAAAUUUACAUUGUAUAGAUAUAGUUAAUGAGUGUUUUUAGGGAGAGGCGUGUGUUCCCGCCCUAAAAAGGACCACUCCAUAUGCUCCUAUAGUCGUACGACGCGACUAUAAAGGGAGUCUUGGCAGAUGACAGGCAACAAUAGAAUUCCCAAGAAGGUUGACGUCAGGCAAGCGGGAAAAUUCCGCUCGAAUCUUUUAAAUUGUAAUUUUUAUUUUGUACGCUGACCCCGGGUUUCGCGGCGUCACAGCCCCAAAUGCAAGCGGAACAUGCGAAGAUGAGGUAGAGUAUAUAAGUUAUUACGCGGCUUUAGAGUAUAUAGCCAAUGUUGAUCUUAAUAGGUAAUUUAAUUUGUAAAUAUGUAACAUUCCUAUGUGUUCGAAUCGGUUUGUGAUUGAGUGUUAUAAAUAUAAAUGUUGAUUUUGAAUAAAUUGUAUGAUGUGAUUUUGGGUUUGUUAAUAAUUUCCAAAACAAAGUCGUGUUUGGAAGCUCUUGUGAUCCUGGAUCACAGAAAAAUACCCAUAAAUAGAGGAAAUCCAUAUUA